CUCUAGUCGAAAGUCAAAGUCGACUCCGUAAUUUUUGUUCUCUACUUUUGUGGCAACUCUGAGUGCUGCACAUCAUUUGACAUCAACAUUGGAGAAUCCUAAUGAUUCCUAUAUCUCUAAAUGAGAAAGGAGUCUAAUUUGAGAAAUCUGAUAGAGAAAAAGUGAAAUUAGAUAUUUUGUGAAUAACCAAUUAGAAUCCUGUAACAAUGAAUGUGAUUGCCAAGUCCGCGAACGUUGCACCCUUCCUACGUGCAACAACAAAAUCUGUCCCCAAUGGACCAAAACCUUCAGUCACCACUGGCAAAGUACAGAAAACUAAACUUGUUGUGCCACCUCCUGUGCACAAGGUCUACACCAAGUUAGACACUCUCAGUGGACCCUUAAGAGUAAACUCAGGAGUCGCAGUAAGCUCUCAAGCUCAGCAAAUUCGUUUAGCUCACACGGACAUUCAAGUACCAGAUUUCUCCAAUUACCGAAGGGACUCUGUAAAAGAUCCAACGUGCAACAGUCAUGAAUCGUUACACAAGAGGCAGACAUUUUCUUACCUUUUCGCUGGAGCUGCUGGUGUCGGAGCCGCGUUUGUUGGUAAAGCAAUGGUUGUCGAUCUCGUUUCUACCUUAAGCGCUACUGCAGAUGUUUUAGCUAUGGCUAAAAUAGAAAUUAAGUUGGAUUCUAUACCAGAAGGCAAGAGUGCUGUUUUCAAAUGGCGUGGAAAACCUCUUUUCGUGCGCCACAGACCGCAAGCGGAAAUUGCAAAGGAGCAGGCUGUUGACGUGGGAACUCUUCGUGAUCCACAACCAGACAGUGCACGCGUCCAGCGCCCGGACUGGUUGGUUGUCAUCGGAGUGUGCACCCACUUGGGCUGUGUGCCAAUCGCCAACGCUGGUGACUUCGGCGGAUACUAUUGCCCCUGCCACGGCUCUCAUUACGAUGCCAGCGGCAGAAUUAGGAAAGGACCCGCGCCUCUAAAUCUCGAGGUUCCUCCUUACGAAUUUAGUGAAGAUACCGUUAUCGUAGGUUAAAACUUAAAUGAUUUAUAGUUUUUAGCGAAAUUCAUUUUAUUUAUUACUAAAUGCAAUAUGAUGGAUUCAAAUCUGUCCUGUAAUAUAAAGUUACAAUUCCGCUCUUGAAUAAAUGAUGUCGAACACUGAA